AUGCUGACAUCUUGUUUAGCUUUCUAUUGUAUUAGUGUCAGUUCUCGUAUUUUUAUUUACGGAGUUGGUGUAAAAAUCGGUCGUUUCGAUCUCCAACAUCAUAAAAAACUGAUAAUUGCAUCUACCAUACUUCAUAUAACUAUUACUCUAGCUACACUAAGGACAACAAUUAUAGACGCAUAUGCCAAAGAAGUAUUUGAAAUUCUAUGGAGCCAACUAGGAUUAGGAAUUAUUUGUGGAAUCAGUACGACCGAAUUUUUAGUGGUGUUGACUGGUGGAUUCCGGAGUCUCGAGAGCGAUUCAAGUGACAUACGAGAAUUGAACACAGAAAGAACUGAUAGUGAUUCAAUCAUUGAAUGCAACAUCUGUCUCAUGGAAUUCUCCCCCUCCAGAAUGCCCAGAAUCCUGAAAAAGUGUGGACACACAAUCUGCGAGUACUGUGCGGAUAGAAUACUAAGGAACGGAAAAAUAGCAUGUCCAAUGUGUCAAACUGUAACAGAGCAUUAUGGAAGUAGCUCGAAGCUUACCAAGAAUCAUGCUGUGCUGGAGUUUGUGGAACGGAUCAAGACGGAAGGAUAA